CCACUCGAAGACGAAUUUCUGACAAUUUCGCCCGCCGUUGCGACUGCCGCCAUUGUGUUUGGCGUUUUCAUAAUUGCUGUUGCGUUCUUAGGCCUAUUCGGAGCACUCCGGACGAAUGCAAAUGUUCUCCUUGCGCACGCAAUUAUUGUCCUACUUAUGGGUUUUGCAACACUUGGCUUUUUGAUAUUUGCCUUCGUCGAACGUUCUUCGGUUUACAAUUUUGUUGGAGAUGCCGUUGAUGCCGCUGUUAAAGAAGGUGGACGAAAGUAUGAAAGUAGUAAAAAGUGGAUUGCUAUCAUUGACUGGAUGGAAGUCACUGUAAUUGUAGGGGGCAACCUACCACUUCAACUAAUUGUCAUUGUUUGA